GUUGAGUCUGCCAGAGAGCAGAUAAACAAACACAAACAGGCAGGGAUCAGCUGAGCGCCUGUCCGAACCGAACCAGCAGCACGGAGGGAUGUCAGGGAGAGCGGGGUUCCUCUCUUGAGCCCAAGAAUGAUCCACAGGAGACCGUGACUUAGACUGAUACUAGCUCCAUGUCAACUGUCAACACUGGCACACAAAGAAUUUCGGAAGCACAACACGAGGACCAGCCAUAGGCUUUAGCAGAGAACCCUCUGCUCCUGUCACUGUCUCUUUCUCAAGACAUAGCUAGGCUAGCAUGGGCAGCCAAUGAGUUUACCUUCCAGUUUUCAGCUGUAACGAAACGAAUACACAUUACAGUGCAAGGAGACAGAGAAGUGGGAUUAACAUGGCCCACCAGGCAACCCCUAGUUCCCAGAAGGCCCUGAUGAUGGAGCUGAAGUCUCUGCAGGACCAGCCGGUGGAGGGCUUCCGCAUCACUCUGGUGGAGGAGUCUGACCUCUACAACUGGGAAGUGGCCAUCUUCGGGCCCCCGAACACCCUAUAUGAGGGAGGCUACUUCAAGGCUCACAUCAAGUUUCCAGUUGACUACCCGUACUCCCCACCAACCUUCCGUUUCCUCACCAAGAUGUGGCACCCCAACAUUUACGAGAACGGAGAUGUGUGUAUCUCCAUCCUGCACCCUCCUGUUGAUGACCCUCAGAGCGGGGAGUUGCCCUCUGAAAGGUGGAACCCCACCCAGAACGUCAGGACCAUCCUGCUUAGUGUGAUCUCACUGCUCAAUGAGCCCAACACGUUCUCUCCAGCCAAUGUGGAUGCCUCCGUCAUGUUUCGCAAGUGGAGGGACAGCAAAGGCAAGGACAAGGAGUAUGCAGAGAUUAUCAGGAAGCAGGUGAUGUCGACAGCGGCAGAGGCUGAUCGCGACGGCGUGAAGGUGCCGACCACACUUGCGGAGUACUGCGUCCAGACCAGGGUUCCCUCCCAGGACAGCAGUUCAGACCUUCUCUAUGACGACCUCUACGACGACGACAUGGAGGAGGAGGAUGAGGAGGAAGACGAGAGCGAGAUGGAGUCUGUAGGCGAAGCCGGGGGGAUCAGCGCAGUGGAAGACGGUGGGACGUCCACCAGACGUUACGACAACCAGGACGACUCUGGCAAUGAAGACUCAUGAUGAUCUGGAUGAUAACUCAACUCCUCCCUGCCAACUCCCUUACCGCCCUCCUUCCUUUAUGUGUUGCGUUACAAUUUUGUGUGUGUGUAUGCGUGUGUGCGUGUGUGUCUGUUUGCACAUGAAGUGGGGUCAAAAGUCUACUGCCAAAAACUUUUCAUCAUUUAUUAAACUAAUACUAAUGAUUGGUCAAAUAAUAGUUCUCAAAUGCUACUACAUACGUUUUCAGCUACAGUUUGUUGGUACUGUUUUCACUGAAAGUCAGAUUUGGUGUUUCCACCAUUUGCCUUAAUUACAGCUUGCACUCUGUCCAGCAUGAAAUGUUUUUCAGAGUUUGAGAAUUUAAAUUAUUCCGGCGCUGUUUGAGAGAACGCUGAGAGUGUUUUUGGUGUUGCGUCACAUUUCACGUUUUUAAAUGUUCCCAUUGAGGUUGAGGAUCCAUCUUGUGCCACACUGCUUUAAACCAGAAAUUACGUUAUGGCUUCUGCCGAGUAGAGCACUAUUAGUCUAUGGUCAGUGAGUGAUCAAUCAUGUGCAAGUUACAGACUCCGGACAAGGCAAAACAUUCUCAUUCCUGAUUAUUUCCAUCACCAUGUUCAACUCUCCAUUUUAAAUCCCUGUUGUAUUACUCUCUCAUACGAGCAACACUUCACAUACUGUACUGUUUCAACAGUGAAAUUUCAGUUUUGUUAAGUCCAUACUACACCAUUAGACUUGUUUUGAUAGUAAAGAAAUGGUUUGAUAACUGCUACACUUUGUUGGUCUUUGAACUGUGGUUUGUCAGCUGGACUAGGACUUUUUUUGUUGUGUUGUCUUUGCAUCCUGGAUGCAGAUGCAGUUCUGUCUCAUAAAGAUGCUUUUUUUCUACCGUGGUGCCAUCUCUAGAUCUGUCUGGUCCCCUUCUGGAUGAAAACAUUUUAAAAUUUUUAAAAAUCUUUCCAGCCUUUCAAUCAGAGUCCUUUUUUUUAUGUUCAGGCAUUAGCAGCAGUAGUAACAGUAAGAGUUGGUUAUUAAUAGAAAUACCACAAUAAUUAACAUCAUGUAGGAGCAUACAUGUGGUAAUAUAUGAUUUAUACUGUAUUCAUGGUGAGGCAAUAAUUUUAGAGAAUCUUGCUAUUACAUAUACCAGUAAUUAAUUCUAAGCAUUUCCCAAAGAAAAAAAUCACGUCUCAUUUCUAAAUAAUGUAUUUUUUUAUUUAAAACCAUCUGCAAAGGAAAAAACGUCUCUUAGUUUUGAUAAAUGAUGAAAACAAACAGUCCUUGUGGUGGUCAAUUGAACCCCACUGUGGCUGGCCGGCUCUUCGUCUGCUGGCCCGUGUCGGAUUGUAUGGUUUUGUGUUAAAAGACCGGCUCUACUCAACAUGUCUUCACUUGUUGCUGUUUUUUUAUGUACUUCUCUUGUUCAAUCGGUUGACAUUCUGUCCCCCCUGACUCGUCCCUUGUAUUCUCUGGGAUGGCUCAGACAGUCUGGCUAAUGGACACUUUGCUGUUUGGCUCAUUAACCAGAUGACGAACUGACCAGCUUGACUCGUCACUGUCCAUCACUGUGUCCCGUGGCAGAAUAUCUCUGUCCCUUUCACGCCUGUCUGUUUGACUUUGAUGCAAUCAACUUAAACUUGCAAAACACAGGCUCUGCUGUGACUCCGCCCUCUUGGACCCACCUUCAGUAGUGUUCAUCACAACUGCCCCCUCAUGACUGCUCAAAGCAGCGUCAUUUGUUUUGGGGUGAACAAGGUUAAGACCUUUUCUCACAUCGCCUCCUACACCUCUCUCUGCCUCUUAAACCUCAGGGCCUCAAUAGACUUUUACUGCGAGAAAAAUACAGUCAAAGAGAAACUUAAUACACAAACUGCUCCUCACCUCCACCUCUUUUUCUAAUUUUCUGCAUUACCGGGUGUUAUUAGAGGGCAGAGAGUGUACUGAAAGUCUCCAAUCCCCUCGCCAGCGUGUUUACACGUGACUGAGUGUUGCUGUUGGUCUUGAUAAGGGUCCUUUAAGUUGUUUUCUUCUUGGUAGGCUAGAGUCAAAUUUUUAAAAAAAAAUUAAAUACAGCUGUGGGGACUUUGUCCUCAAGGCAGUGCUCGCAUUAUGUUGCAAUAGAUGUGAAAAUGUUACGUUUUGCGCUGUGACUCCGAUUCAUGCUUAAACGCAACUUCGUGAAAAUUGGACGUUGUUACUGUGCUACACCACAUCCAGAGUCUGUUGUUCGACAGGGACAAAAUCAACAUGCAGCUUAGCUACACAUUUGAAUUUGAAUGAAUAUGACACUGAUUGCCUGUUGUCUGUGUGUGGGGGUGUGUAUAUCUACAUUUACUAUUCAUCUAUUGACUGAGAUGUCAGGGUUUUUCUUGUUCCUGUCUUAGUGGAAUCGGUGCAAAGGUUUGUCACAAAAGUGAGUUUGCCCAAAUGACCUUUUGGUCUUUGUCCAGUGGAGAAAACAUUCAGUGUGUUUGCACUGCGUUCUAGGGUUGUUUUGGGAGACGUGACCUGGCUGAGGAUUUGACUGAUUUUAAAAAAUUGAAAAAAAAACACACCCUCUGAGUAUUAAACUUCUGAACACACUGAACAGCAUAAUGUGACUAAUAUUACUUUUACGGCAUCAAGUAAACCACACGUUUGAGCUGUGCGUCACAGUUGUGGAAUUGAAUCUGUUGCCCUGUUCAACAGAGUGGAGUGCUGGGGCAAACCUUUUAUUCACAUGGCUGGAUUUUAUGCCAAGGAAAUCAAGUACAGCCCCACAACCACUCAUUUUAAAGACUAUGGAGCAAUGGAUGCAUGUAUUGGAUUUAACGCUGUUUGAAUAAACUCUUUAAAGAGAUUCCUUUUGGAUUUUAAUGUGAAGCCAAAGGAGUGAAACAUUUUCUCCGAGUCCUGUGCUUUGGCGGCUCACAAAGACCGGAUUCUGUUGAGGACGGGGAGAGGAAAUCCACUCCUGAACCAGAUCUUAAAUGGAUUUGAUAUCAAGGCACAACAGGAAGUGGAUUGAUGCCAGAGAUUCUGAACUUUUAUCGAUGUGGUCCCCACUUUUUGCCCAUUCCUGACCAUAUAGAGAAGUCAAAUAAUAGUCAGUAACAGAAAGUACCAAUCUAAUGUGUGCCUGUCAGAGGAAUAGUUUGACAUUUGGGGAAAUACACUAACUUGCUUUCUAGAGUUAGAUGGGAAUAGCAAUACCACUCUUCAUGUCUGUCUGUUAAAUAUGAAGCUAAGACCAGCAGCUGGUUAGCUUAGCUUAGCACAAAGACUGGAAACAGCUAGUCCGGUUGUGUCCAGCAUUAACAAAAUCUGCCUGCAAGUGACUUUUAAACUGACCAAUUGACACAUUAUAUCUCAUUUGUUUAAUCUGUACAAAAAUUAUACAGUGUAAAAACAACAAUUUGUCAUUUUACCGGGAUUAUAUGCUAAACUAUUUCUUGGCUGGGAGUAGUAACUUCCUGGAGUCUCCACUGUUAACCAGGCAAGUGCUUACAGCCAAAAAAAUAGUGCACCACGUAAACUGCCAUAAAACAACUUGAUGUACCAUGUUAACGAGCAUGUUGGUGAGCUUUUGAGGUCCUGGUAGGCUGAUUUUGGUACCAUAGCACAGAGCCAAGAGAGCCUUUUCUCCAGUCUUUCCCUCAGUCUCUACUAGUCUUCAUGCUAAGCUAAGCUAACCAGCUACUGGCUGUAGCUUUAUAUUUAACAGACAGCCAUCAGAGUGGUAUCAAUCUUCUCAUUUAACUGUGUGCCAGAAAGUGAAUAAGCAUAUUUUUCAAAAUAUUGAACUAUUCUACUAUUUACUAUUUAAAUAAGAAGCUACAGCCAGAAGCCGAUUAGAUUAGGUUAUCACGAGACUGGAAUAGGGCAAACAGCUAGACUGCAUCUGUCCAAAGGUAACAAAAUCCACCUACCAGCACCUUUUCGCUCAAUAAUGAGCACAUUAAAGAUGUUUAAAAAAAAAAAAAAAAAAAAAAAAAAAA